CUGCAUUUCACAGAUCUGGUACUUCCUUAAUGCAUCAGUAAAGGUUGAGCUCGCAAGCAAAGCUCCACUUAUGCAAUGUUCACCAAACGGUAGCAGCCACGCAUCCAGUGACUCAUCACAUCUUCCACAACGCAUUACAUUCACUCUCUCACACACACACACAUCUAGAACAUCUAACGAACAAAACGAUCAAAAUUCAGGUCAAUAGGCCUGAUUGUCAUCGCCCAUACGAAACGAAAUGAACCAACGAACGACACCAAUGAUGACGGCGACACCUGUACCACCACUUCACCAAAUGGUCAGCUACCUCUGGCUGCUCCUGCUGAUCUCGGUCGGUUCCACUGCCAAUGUUGUCAACACCGGCAUCCAACGGUUUGCCAUGGAACCGCAGGACCAAACGGCCAUCGUUGGCUCCAAGGUGACGCUGCCCUGCCGGGUGGAGUCCAAAAUCGGCCAGCUGCAGUGGACCAAGGACGACUUCGGGCUGGGUUGGCACCGGAACCUCAGCGGCUUCGAUCGCUACUCGAUGAUCGGCAGCGACGAAGAAGGCGACUACUCGCUGGAAAUCUACCCGGUCAUGCUGGACGAUGAGGCGCGGUACCAGUGCCAAGUCAGUCCCGGCAAAGACGGAACGCCCGGUAUGCGAUCACGGUUUGCAACCAUAACCGUUCUGGUACCUCCAGAGCCUCCGAAGAUCAUUCAGGGAGAUUUUCUGGUAACGACUGAGGAUCGAGAAAUCGAACUCGAAUGCGUUUCCGUCGGCGGUAAACCCGCUGCUGAGAUUACAUGGAUCGAUGGUCUUGGUAACGUUAUCACUUCGGGUAUCGAAUACGUAAAAGAACCGCUUACCGAUACGGGUCGGUACACGGCGAAAUCCAUACUCAAACUAACCCCGAAGAAGGAACACCACAACACUUCGUUCACCUGCCAAGCACAGAACACGGCCGACAGAACUUAUCGUUCCGUUAAACUGAAGCUGGAAGUAAAAUACGCUCCGAAGGUCAGCGUUUCGGUGAUCGGGGGAGCGCUCGCUGGCGGCAGAAUCCCGGAAGGUGCCGAAAUACGGUUGUCCUGCCACGCGGAUGCCAAUCCGAAUGACGUCAGCUACAGGUGGUUCAUUGGCGAUGAACCAGUUACGGGGGACUACACCACCGAAAUGAUCAUCCACAACGUUUCGAAAAAGUUCCAUGACGCCGUAGUCAAGUGCGAAGUUCACAACGCAGUCGGUAAGAGCGAAGAAAGUGAAAUCCUCGACAUUAGCUACGGCCCGACGUUUCGUUCGCGACCGAAGUCGGUAGAGGCCGACGCCGACCGUCCCGUCACACUGUCCUGCGACGUUGACGGUAAUCCCUCGCCGGAGAUCAUCUGGAUACACGAAGAAUCCAACCGAGUGAUCACGUCGGCCGCCAACAUCACGAUCAUCGCUUCGCGGGAAACCGCUGGCAACUAUUACUGCAAAGCCAGCGUCAUGGGGUUCCCGGAGAUCGAAGCCAUGGCAUCUCUGUACCUCAAAGGACCUCCCCGCAUCAGGUCGCAACGGCAGCAGUACGGAGUUGUGAACGACAACUCCCAGAUUCAGUGUGAUGCAAUUUCCGUCCCCAAGGCAAAGCACGUCAUCUGGACCUACAAUGGACUCGAAAUCAACAACGAAAACGACUAUACGAUAUUGGAAAACCACCAACCGGAAGGAGUGCGAUCGACGCUCAUCAUCAACAACAGCCAGAAGCAACACUUUGGCGUGUACAACUGCACUGUGAUCAACGAGUACGGAAUGGACUCGAUCGAAAUUGAUUUUAAAGUUUCCAAAGACACCAUACUCCUGCCAGUGAUCAUCUUCGGUUCUAUCGGAGGAUUCGUGCUGGUAAUCAUCGUGAUCAUCAUUGCGAUGUGCUUUUGUGUGAAAAAGAGUAAAAAGAAACUGCCACCGGCGGAUGUAAUCCCAGAGCAACACUACAUCACCGAAAAGGCUUGCAAGGAGAGCGAUCGAUCAUCGAAUGUGAGCGAUCUGAAAAUCGAUCGCGAUCAUGAAUAUUCGGAAACUUGCUCCGGGACCGAUAGUAUCGCGACACGGCUGGCAAUGAAUAUUCUGGGAUCUUCGAGUGGAAGCAACAAUAGUGGCAAUGGAGGUCAAGGAGUUGGUGGAGGUGUUCCGCUGGCUGGUCCAGUGCGGAUUCCUAACGACUACCGGUAUUCGGGUGACUUCACUGAUGGGCUAGGACCGCUACAGUCCAAAAUCGGUCAAAACAACGGAGGCUAUGUGCCGUACGUAGACUACGCUCACGACUACAAUAUGCCACUUCACGUGAACACCAACGGGCAGCUACCGAACGGGAACAUGAGCUUGACGAGGCAUCGAGAGCUCCGGCAAGACAAUGGGCUUCCGAGUAUUGGUAGUGGCAUGGGAUCGCUGUCCAACAGCCUUAUGAACACCUCCCUCAUGACCGCUCCAAGCAUAGAUCCACGCUACAGCGCUACCUACGGCAAUCCGUAUCUGCGCAGUAGCACUACCCAGCUGCCACCUCUGCCGCCUCCGAGUACUGCGAACCCGGCGGUGACUCCAGCGCCACCACCGUACAGUGCGGGCCGUGCCCAGAGUUCGCUCCUCUCGAUGGGUGUCAAUCUGGGCGUCGGCAACGGGCUGCACACCGGCAGCAUAGUCGGCAUCACCUCAGGCCUAACGAGCCCCGAAUCGGUGCGAUCGUCCUCCGGUGCGAACACCAGCAUGGACCAAACGUCCCAACAGAGUCAGCCAACGCCCACACUGCCCACGUCCGGUACGAGUCCUGGACCUGGCCAAUUCAUUCUUCCAGCGAACGGGGAUCUGCGGAAAGGUGCCCUGGCAACACACGUCUAGCGUAAGCGCCGCGAAGAUAUUUACCUCUUGUUUAGUGCGCCCUGUGCAUAGGUACUCGUAUGUAGUAAGCAGCUUCUGUAAGUGCUCUCUACGGCUGCCGGUGGUAAGUUCUCUGAUGGAUGAGAUGAGAUAUCCUAGGUUUUCGACUGUAAUUGUUACUUCAGAACUGGAAACGUUGCAGUUUUCGUAUUUUAUAGCUGAGAAUUACUAGUGCAAUAUUCAGUGGUUUCCAACUGGGUCACAACGGCCGUCUACCGGAAUUUACCAAGAACAAUUGAAUCUAGAAGGUUCAGUUGGAGUAUACCAGGGGUUCUGCAAUCGACUUCUACGGGUCACAUAAGGCCAAUGAUCCCAUCGCAUACUAUGUCUGGACAAUAUCACCAGAGCCUUUCAAUCGGAUCAGGGUCAUCCGAUAAAUUCCAGUGUUUCCCAAUUAGUUGUACGCCAAACCAAUUUAUACAAAAAAUCCAUCGGACGUCGAGUUACAUGCGAUGACUUCGCGUAUCACAUGAACGUCGUGUCAGAUUUCAGUUCUAGAUUUCAAAACGGUGUUGGCGAAUUUAAUUAACUCGUCAUCACCAUAUUCAUUUUCACAUUUCUAGGUUUAUCAGAACAGCGUACACUAUGACUUCUGGAACGAAUGAGAUAAUCGAGAUUCAAGAUGGGAAUCUUCACCUUGCGCAACCCUACGGUUCAUGAAACCGUGGAUUGAGAUCGCUGCUUUCAGUUUUAGAAAACCCCUGGGUCUCUGGGUCACCGAAAAUGCCACCUCAAUGACUAGCUGGGUAUGAAAGCUAUAUGGCCCUUGGUGCCUUUUAAUACUCUACCGAUAUUUCUCUCGGAAAGCGACCACACCGAAACCUACAUUUAAGUAAUAGGUCAAGGUGCAGGAAAAUAUGUUUCAGGGCAUUGCUAAGGGAUUCAGGAGGUUUCAGAGGAGCUUCUUGAGGCUUCAGGGGUUUUUAGGCCGCUUCAGUGGGUUUCAGAGGGGUUUCAGGACAUUUCAAGACAUUUCAGGCCGUUUCAGAUGGUUUUGAAGGAGUUUUUACUGGAUUUUGGGGAUUUCGAGGUGUUUCAAUACAUGUCGGAGAGUUUUUUAGAUACUUCACAGGGGUAUCGGUGAGCUUCAGCGGAGUUGCCGAAGGUAUGCAGAGGUGUUACAGAGCAUUAAAGAGGCGCCUUCACAGGGCUUCGUGGGGGUUUCAGAAGCGGUUCAUAGCGUUUCAGGAUGUUUCAGGAUGUUUAAAAGGCUUUUGGGGGGCGUUUCAGAUGGGUUUGAAGGAGCUUUGGAGAUUUCGAGUGCAUUUCAGGGGGAUUUCGAGGCAUUUCAAUGCAUUUUAGAGAGUGCUUAAGAUUAUUCACAGGAUUUAAGGUGAGCUUCAGCGGGUAUGCAUAUGUGUUUCAAGGCGUUUCAGAGCAUUUUAGAGGCUCUUAAGGGGUUUACAGGGCUUUGGGUGAGCUUCACGGGGGUUUCAGAAGCGCUUCAAUGCGUUUCAGGACGUUUCAGCAUGUUUUAAUGGCUUUUAGGGGGAGCUUCAAGGUUUUCAAAUGAGUUACACGGGGUUCAAGAGUUGUUUCAAAGCGUUUCAGGUCGUUUAACACGGGUCUUAAGGGGCUUCGCAGGUUUGCUUGUGAGCCACAUGUAGGGAGCUUUCAGGGGAGUUUCAAAGGCAUAUCAAAACGUCUCAAGACAUAUAUGAGGCUAUAUAGAGCUUCACAGGCUUUUAGAUGAACUGAUGGGGAGUUUCAAGGGCCUUUCAAUGAUGUUUUAAAGUUUUCCAAGCCAUUUAAAGGCGUUUGAGAGCAUUUUAGGGUUUUCCGGGAAGAUGUCCGAGUCCAAAAAUGACGACCUAAAUAAACAAGAUGGUGGUCUAAACAUAAUUCAUGAUGGUGGCUCUAAAUUCAAGUUGGCGUCUGUUUAAUGGAAAUUUAAGCCCUAAAACAAUGCAAUAUGGGUAUACGUAUUUGGUAAAAGGGAGAUGCCCGGGUUCCACCAGAUAACCAAGAUGGCGUUCUAAAAUCCAAGAUGGGGGAACCAAAUUUAAGAAGGCGGCUGUUUAAUGGAGUUUUAGGCUCUAAAAUCAUACAAUAUAGGUAUAUUCAGUAUUGGAAAGAUGUCCGGAGUCCAGAAAUGGCGAACAGGAUAUCAAAAAUGGCUGUCUAAACUCCAAGAUGGCGACUGCAAAUUCAAUAUGGCGCUUCUAAUGGAGUUUUAGACUUUAAACCAUUCAAUUUGGGUAUACUUGGGAUGGGAAAGAUGUCUAGAGUUUAAAAAUAGCGGCCUGAAUAUCCAAGGUGGCAGUCUGAAAUCCAAGAUGGUGGAUAGAAAUUCAAGAUGGCGACUGUUUAAUGGAGUUUUAGGCUCUAAAACCAUGCAAUAUGGGUAUAUUUGGUAUGGGGAGUCCGGAGUCCAAAAAUGGCGACCAGAAUGUCCUAGAUGGCGGUCCAAUUUGGUGGCUCCGAAUUCCAGAUGAAAGUUGUUUAAUGGUGUUUUAGGCUCUAAAACUAUGCAAUAUGGGUAUAUUAGGUAUGGGAAAGAUGUCUGAAGUUCAAAAAUAGCGACUAGAAUAUCCAAGAUGGCGGUCUAAAAUCCAAGAUGAUGGCUCCGAAUUCUAGACGGCGGCUGUUCAAUGGUGUCUUAGGCUCUAGAAUCAUGCAAUAUGUGUAUAUUUGGUAUAGGGAAGAUGUCUGGAGCUCAGAAAUAGCGAUCAGAACAUCAAAGAUGGUAGUCUAAAAUCCAAGAUGGUGGCUCCAAACUCAAGAUGAUGGAUUCUGAUUUCUUGAACUUUAUAUUGACAUAACCUUUUGAUAUAAGUAUAAAUUGGUUUUUGAUUCAGUUUCCGUACAGUACAGUUUGACGUACAAAUAUAUGCAGAAUACGCAGUUGCCUUGCAACCGCUGGAAACCGCAAUUCUGAGGAUGAUUGGGUCGUUGAAGAUGGCCCCAAACUCAAAUAUUUUGAGACUUCAGUAUCUAGUUCUCUCGAAAAUUCUGCACCCGUCUAAACUGCCGUAAUUCUGCAAAGUGACGUAAGCGACAUUGGUAGUUUUGGCCCAUAUUUUGGUUGUUAUGCAUAAAACUCUUAGCCAUCCUCUAAGUUUCCUUCCAUAGAUGAUAGAUUGCGACUAGAUCUUGUAUUCUAAUACAGCAGGCAUGCCACAGUGUUGCUUUUACACCAGAUAUUAUAUAUAAUAUAAAUACCAAAAAAUAUUGAAAUUUUAAAUGGCGCUUACGUCACUUUGCAGAAUUACGGCAGUAAAUAGUCCAAUCAUUCCGUAAUUCAUCACUUCAAUCACAUCACCAGAAAACACCUCUAGAUCUCAAUCUCAUCCAUCCGAAAGCAUGCCCCCAAACGCAGCCAGAAAAAGGAUCUCCUCAUAUAUUGUACUCUUACGGUCCCGUCCCACCACCCGCGAAACAGUACCCCCUCUCUCGCUCUCCCUCAGAGUAAGAAGUCUCAGAAGUUCUUACCAUGUAAAUGUGUGUGUUCAGUAGCGCAUAUCUUCCUCCGCCGUCGUCGUCGUCAUCGCCUUCGUCAGAUUCGCCGCCGCCUCGUCACAGUCACUCCCCAUCAAGUCCUGAACUAUACCUACUAACAAUCUUCCACCUUCUUUGUUUCGGCGCAGAGAAGUUGAGUAAGGAGAAGAAAUAAUGCGUGGCCUUAUUAGUCAGACAACAGUUCAGAAACCAAAAACAAAAAAAAUACAAGAAGAAUACAAUGUAAUCAGCGAAACGUAACAGUUUAACGAGUAUAUUGGAAACAGAGAGUGUUUUUUCUUGAACUUGUUCUUAGCGAAGUCUAUUAUGAUCUAAACUUCGAAAUUUUAUCGUAGCUUAACGGAAAUUCGGCUUGAGCUUUAAACUUUUUAGCAGAAAACAAUGAAACGAAACUGUGUAUAUCGCUGUAAUAAUGAAAAUCGAACUACAAAAAUCUGUAAAACUUUUUUUUAGAAAACACAAAAAAACGGUUCAAGUUUAAGCGUAGCACAAACCAAACAAAAUAAGAAAAAAAAACCGGCGUGCGUUUUGAAGUUGUUACUGAGAGUAGUCAAGUUAUUUUAACGAAAAACCAGCAAAGAGAGAAUACAACCGUUGCAUUUGUGGUUUGAGCUUUUAAAAGUUUUGCUGAAGCGAGAAAUUGAAAGAGAUUUAGCCAGGAUCCUCUUUUGUAGGAAAAAGUUUUCACUAUUAGAAGAAACUCCUCUCAGCAGAAAACGGCAAACCGACCGUUGAGAUAAGAUGUAGAAACGAGAUUUCAUAUACGUAUUAAGUUUUUGCCAAUCCCCCCGACUCGAAUCCCUGCAAACACACUAUACACAAACUACACCAAACGAUCCUUUUCGAACGUAAAAUACACAGCACAGCACAGUGCUCUCAUGCGCUACUGUGCUGCGAAGAUGGCAACGCACUCUCGGCAGAUAGACAGACAGAUAACAGUAUAAAAGGAUGUCUCACUGAAGGAAGAAAAAAAAAACAAACGCAAAGCAACACUUGUGUCUCUUCUUAUAAGUAGAACAGAGCAUCGCUCAGGUACAAUGCAAUCUGGCUGUCCGGGCGUCUGUUUUUCCUCUCGCGGGACAAGCGAGCGAAAUUGAGAUAGGAAAACUUGACAGUCAUUGCAUUUAAUGUGAAGCAAACGGAUAUAGCGAAGCGAAAUGCGUACAGAAAUUGAAGCUAGCAUUACAAAGAUGAUUGGGCGUUAGACAAAACUGAAACGUACUCCCGUGAGUGUGAGUGUGUAAUAUACCAAAUUAUAUUUUUAUUAUCGUUUAAGUUUUAGCAAACAACAUAAAAUAGAAAAAAAAAAAAACAAAAAUAAACAGAGAUAUUA